UACGCGAACAUCGUACGCGAACGUGUACGAAUAGAAGAAGGAAUUUAAUUUUCUUCCAAGUAUAAGAAAAGAUAAAUAUGUUCCAUGAUACGAAAUCGCAUCCUGAUUUGCUUGAUGAUAAAGAGUUUAUAGAAAAAUCGGUGGAUUCUCAUUUAAACAGUCAUAUCGAACAAACGCGGGUAAUAUCGCAGAAACAUUUAAACGCGGCCGUUGCUAAAUGUGACAGCAUAUUAACAUCGAUUGAUAAGUAUGAAAACGAUCGUCUCUCUGGAUCCUGCACGAGUGGAAGAGUGGAAACGGAAGAAAAUGACAAUAAGUCUUAUGAAAACAGUAAGACAAUAUCGAUUAUCGAUAAUGCUAAGGAAGAAAAAUCGUAUAUAUGUUGUGGAAACCCUGGCCACAUCUUCGAAAAAGUAUUUAAAUCAACAGAACAAUCAUCGGAGGACUUGAAACGAUCGAGAAGCAAAAAACGAACAUUUUCUUUACUCGAUACGUUGAUCUCUGCAAGUAUCAUUGCUCCAUUAGCGAUUGGCUUUUGGAGGGGUGUAUGGGCAAGCAUGGAUUGUUAUGCAGAAUUGUUUCCCAGUUGGUUUUGUUUUAUGUUUGGCGUAGUUUUGCACGCAGCAUAUGCGAUCUUCAAACAUCAAUUUCACAACGUCUAUAUGAAGAAGUGGGUUGAAUUAAGUUGGCGAAAACGAUUGCCUUAUCGGGCCUUACGAAUUCUGUACACUUACACCUUUGGAGUAGCGUGCAUUGCGCAUUGGCGGGGUGGCUGGAUCAUCAUCGACAAUUACCUAUUUACGCAUACAUGGAUAACAACGUCAUUAACAUGCUCGUUAUUGGCGUGCUUGGCGAUUCUACGUUCCAUCAGAAACUUGAUAGCAACUCCAUUGAUAACUAUCAUCGACACGCCGAGUUGCAUUUUCCAAUUUCCUACUAGAUACAAUAUGAUUGUAAAAGAGAAUCUUUUUCAAACGUUAUCACAAGAGUCGUGUCUCGAACGAAGCUGAUGAAGAUUUAGUUGUUUCUAACAGAGCGUCUUAUCGAAUUUUUGUCAGAUUUUACGUAGAUAUCGUAUUAAAUUGAUAAAAUCAUAGUUUACUUAAUUAUGCACACAAAUUAUCGAAUCGCACAAACAUCUUAUAUACGUGCACGUUUUUUUUUACUUUCGUUUCAUUCCUCAAUGCGACAAGAUUCUUUUCCCUCAUCUUUUUUAUUCUCAAUUUUGAUUUUCUUCCAGCAUUACAUAUAACAUACUUUUAAGCCAAAUUCUCGUGUACAAAAUUUAUCAAUUAAAAAUGUGAGAAUGAUAAGAAUGAAUUGCAAACAAAACGCAAGUACAACCAAGUACAGCCCAAAGGUCUUGCAACUUUGUAAAUAGAGAGAUCACCAUUUAACAAUCUCGGUGUUGUAUUGUGUCUCGGUUUUCCCCGGAAGUUUACGAAAUGUUCUCACCGAUUAUCGUGCAUUGAUAAUAGAGAUACGCAGGCGCUGCGAUUGCAUGCGGACGUGAACCAAUAUUCCUUAUCUGUAAACGAAGCGUUAUCCGUUUUUCCAUUAUAUUUGACACAAAUUAUUGACUGGUUAUAAUGAUUGCAUCGCGUUUGACACACCAGUAAUGUUUUAUCUGCGAAAUUUAGACGCAACUGUUUCUUCUCAAUCAGAAAUUUUCGAUGAUAAAUUACGUACAGUAUCAUUGUUAAAUAUAACGAGAAAAAAGUCUAAUUUCAAAUAUUAUUUAUAAAUCAGCUGAGAGAGAGAGAGAGAGAGAGAGAGAAAAUUAUUAAAAUUAGCCAUUGCAAAGCAGUAUUAGUAAUUUUCCAAACGUUAUCCGAAACAAAAUUUUACAAAUUCUGCAGUAGCUUCACUGUUAAUACAUAUAGCUAUCGUUUGUACCUAGUCUUAAUUUAUUGAGACAAUAUUUAUUUCCGGAAUAAUUUAUUAUUAAUGUCUUUAAAUUAAAUUCAAAAUAUGUACAGUUUUUCGGCU